GGUCCUACUUAAGUGAAGAAGAGAUUGCUUAAUUUUCGCAGCUAUGGACAAGGUUCAAGAGAUAGUAGAAAAGCAAGUAUUAACGGUUGCUAAAGCCGUUGAAGACAAGCUUGAUGAUGAGAUUUCGGCCUUAGAUCGGUUAGAUCUUGAUGAUAUAGAGGUAUUAAGAGAACGUAGAUUGCAACAAAUGAAAAAAAUGGCUGAGAAACGGAGUCGUUGGAUGUCUCUUGGUCACGGUGAAUACUCCGACAUCCCAAACGAGAAGGACUUUUUCUCUGUUGUUAAGGCUAGUGAACGUGUCGUCUGCCAUUUUUAUCGCGAAAAUUGGCCUUGCAAGGUGAUGGACAAGCAUUUGAGCAUACUGGCAAAACAGCAUGUAGAGACACGUUUUGUGAAAAUUAAUGCAGAGAAAAGCCCAUACUUGGCUGAGAAGCUUAGAAUUGUUGUUCUUCCAACCCUUGCCCUCAUAAAAAAUGCUAAAGUGGAAAACUAUGUGGUUGGAUUUGAUGAGCUAGGGGGCACCGAUGACUUUAGCACUGAGGAACUUGAAGAGAGGUUAGCUAAAGCUGAAGUUAUCAUUUUUGAGGGUGAGUCGUCAAGAAUUUUAUCAAAAUCCAAAGCUCAGACCAAGAAGAAUGUCAGGCAGAGUUCAAAUCCUGACUCGUCGGACUCAGAGUAAAUGUAAACUAGCUUGUUUAUGUUUAUUCCUUUUUAAUACUACGACAUAGUUUGUUAUGGAACACACUCAUCCAAAAAAAGAGGUCGUUGCGAAAUUUACCUACCAUUAAGAAUUGGAAGAUGUUGGUUCUGUUUCUCCACUGAAUCUUGGCCAUUUAGACCAAAAUUUUAUGUAAGCUGUUGUAAAAUUCUUCUUUGGUUAUAUGUGAUGGAACAUGUAAUGCUCCUGUAGUCCUAGUUA